CGUCUUUAUCAUGGCCGUCCUUGAAGAGCCAUUUUGCCCGCCCAAAUCCAAAAUCUUGCCAUUCUGGCUCCUGGCUAGCCAGCGUUAGGUUUGCGUAGCACAUGUUGUUGAACCGAAUGGUCGCGCUUAAUGUCACUCACAAAAAACAUUAUUUUAACCGGGCCUCCUGGAGUAGGAAAGACAACUCUAGUGAAGAAGGUGUGCGAAUCACUCGUGCAAAAUGGAGCCAGCAUACAUGGGUUCUACACAGAAGAGGUGCGUAAGGACGGACGUCGAAUUGGCUUUGACGUCGUUAGCACAGAUGGGAAGAGAGCCCCCUUGGCAAGAUUGUGUGGUUUGGUGAAGGAUGUAAGGGGACCAUCAGUAGGACAAUAUACAGUCUGUCUUCAGUCAUUUGAAGAAGUAUCCCUUCCUUCUCUACAACCACCAUGUAACUGUGAUCUUAUAGUACUUGAUGAAGUGGGGAAAAUGGAGCUUUUUUCUCAUUCAUUCGAUGAUCUAGUGCGACAAUUAUUCGACAACUCUAGUACACCCAUUCUGGUGACUGUGCCGAUUACAAGAGGAAAACCGAUACCGCUUGUAGAAAAAAUCAAAAGUUGCCAAAAUUCCGUGCUGUUUGUGGUCAGCCGUGAUAAUCGUGACCGGCUUGAAAGUGAAAUACUUGUCGCGCUUGGAGCAAAGAAAUAAAGAGUAUUAUAUAAACCAG